GUCCCCGUCCCCACCAGGCCCCCGUGCACCGGGUCCACGCAGACCCCCUUCGCCGGGCGGCGAAAGAUCUGAGGCGCGACGGUCUCAAGCGCCGGCGAGCGCUCGCCCCACCCCGGUCUUUAAGUAGCCGCGCCCCGUUCCUCGUCUCGCGUCUCAGAGCGCCCCCCCCCCCGCGCCCCCGAGCAGCGGGAUGACGUGGCGCACCUCGACACCACCACCUCACUGAGCCCCGACCAACCCCCCUUCCAGAAGCAUCCAAACCCUAGACGAGAGGCAGGAAGAGGAGGAGCGUGAAGGAGCUUCGGGAUGGCGAAGGCGAGGAAGCAGAAGGGCGACGCCGCCGGCGGAGGCGCCACCGUGCUCCACCAGAAGCUGUGCCUCUCCAUCGACAUGGAGAACCAGCUAAUCAAUGGGUACACUGAGAUAAAGGUUCUUCUAGCCGAGAAUGACACUUUUGCUCUACAUGCUGACAAUAUGACGAUCAGGAGUAUACUGGUGGACGGUGAAUCUGUUGAGUUUGAGUAUUCCCCUCAUUGGAAAAGCGAUGGUGAUCAACCGAAUUGGUCUUUGGUAUCAUGUUCGAAGACUGCUGCUGAUGUUGCAUGUUCAACAUACAUUUCGUCUCUAAAUAGAGAAGCUAUACCUAAUCUUAUCGUAUCAUCUGAGAGAUCAGUUAAGUCAAUAACUGAGCAACAGUUGGACGAAAACAGUGAAAAGCAUGAAGAAAAUAGUGGAAGGCUUGAGGAACAUGGUGGAAAGUCUGUUCAAAGUUGCAUUGAUCAAGCUGUUAAUGGCUGCAAUGGUUCUGCAGUGAAAGAGGAAAAGGAAAAGGAAAAGGAAAAGGAAAAUGAAAAUAGAAAUGAAAAGGAUAAGGAAAAUGGAAUUGAAACUGAAAAUGAAAAGGUGAAGAACAUAAAACUGGUUCACAUAGAUUAUAUUUUGGAGAAGGCUGAAACUGGUGUUCACUUCGUCGGCAAUGUCCUGCAUAGUAGUAGUCAGAUAAAACGCACACACUGCUGGUUUCCUUGCUUUGAUACUGCCACACAACGCUGUCCAUUUGACCUAGAGUUUACAGUUAGCACGAAUUUAGUCGCUGUCAGCAAUGGUGACUUGCUUUACCAGGUCCUAAGCAAGGAAGAUCCUUCAAGAAAAACUUACGUGUAUAAAUUGAACACUCCAGUUAGUGCACAGUGGAUAUCCUUGGUUGUUGGUCCACUUGAAGUUCUCCCUGACAGGAAUGACAUAAGUGCCUCACACAUAUGUUUGUCCCCUGCUUUGUCGAAGCUUGAGAACACAAUUGCAUUUUUCCAUGAUGCAUAUAGCUGUUAUGAAGAUUAUCUUGCUACACCAUUUCCCUUUGGUUUGUACAAGCAGAUUUUUCUUCCAUCUGAAAUGACAGUAUCACCAACAAGCUUAGGAGCCUCCACAUGCAUCUUCAGUUCAGAUAUCUUGCAUGACGAGAAGGUUAUAGAUCAGAUAAUUGGCACAAGAAUCAGACUAGCUUAUGCCCUUUCAAAGCAAUGGUUUGGUAUAUACACAAGUGCAGAGGAGCCCAAUGAUGAAUGGCUGUUGGAUGGUUUGGCUGGUUUUCUUACUGAUCUAUUUAUCAAACGUUACCUUGGGAAUAACGAGGCACGUUAUAGGCGGUUCAAGGCUAAUUGCACUGUGUGUGAGUCUGAUGUUAGUGGUGCAACUGCUCUGAGCUCUCCUGCUGCUUCAAGUGAUUUAUAUGGAACCCAAACAAUUGGUUCAUAUGGGAAAAUUCGUUCAUUGAAGGCAGUAGCUGUUCUUCAAAUGUUGGAGAAACAGAUGGGACCAGACUCCUUUCGGAAGAUUUUGCAGGUGAUAGUGGCUCCAAAUCGUGCCUCAAGAACACUAAGUACAAAAGAGUUCAGGCACCUUGCAAAUAAGGUUGGUAACCUUGAACGCCCGUUCCUGAAAGAAUUCUUUCCACGGUGGGUUGAAUCUUGUGGAUGUCCAGCUAUGAGAUUGGGAAUGUCGUAUAGCAAAAAAAGGAAUAUGAUUGAAUUUGCCAUUUCAAGGGGUUGCACAGCAAAAGCUGCACCUGAUUCUGAUAGUCUUGCAAAUGGUGAUAUUCAAGAAGGUGAUGCUGGAUGGCCAGGAAUGAUGAGCAUACGUGUUCAUGAAACUGACGGGGCGUAUGAUCAUCCAGUUCUGUCAAUGGCCGGUGAAGCUUUGCAGGUGGUGGAAAUACAGUGCCAUUCCAAACUAGCAGCAAAGCGCAUUUGGAAAUCCAAAAAAAGCUCAAAAGUUGAUGGUUCUGAUGACAACGUAGAUGCCUCUACUCAAGAGAACCGCACAAGCAUAGAUUCACCUUUACUAUGGAUCAGAGUGGACCCGGAGAUGGAAUAUCUUGCUGAGGUCCAUUUUUACCAGCCUGUUCAGAUGUGGAUCAAUCAAUUGGAGAAAGACAAAGACGUUAUAUCACAAUCACAGGCAAUAUCUGCCCUGGAGAAAUUACCUCAGCUCUCUUUUGCUGUGAUUAAUGCACUCAAUAAUUUCCUAAAUGACACAAAGGCCUUUUGGAGAGUUAGAGUUGAAGCAGCAUAUGCAUUAGCAGUUACAGCAUCUGAGGCAACUGAUUUAGUUGGGUUGCUUCAUCUUGUUAACUUCUAUAAAAGCCGUCGGUUUGAUGCAGAUAUUGGAAUGCCCAGGCCCAACGACUUCCAUGAUAUCCCAGAAUACUUUGUUCUUGAGGCAAUCCCCCAUGCAGUAGCUCUUGUUAGAUUGUCGGACAAGAAUAGCCCAAGGGAAGCCAUUGAGUUUAUUCUUCAGCUCCUAAAGUACAAUGAUAACAACGGAAAUAUUUACUCAGAUGUGUACUGGCUAUCUGCAAUGGUACAGUCAAUAGGCGAACUGGAAUUUGGUCAGCAGGGCAUAGGCUUACUAUCUUCUCUUCUUAAGAGAAUUGAUCGACUCUUGCAAUUUGACAACUUUAUGCCUGGUUACAAUGGGGUCUUGACUGUCAGCUGCAUUCGUACCCUUGCACGAAUAGCAGCGAGGGUGUCAUCUUCCAUAUGCCUUGAUCGCAUUUGUGAACUAAUUGCCCCCUUUCGCAACCUGGACAAACCAUGGAAAGUUCGUAUUGAAGCUAGCAGGGUUCUUAUUGAUCUUGAGUUACACCAGAAAGGCCUUGAUGCAGCUCUUUUGUUGUUCUUGAAAUAUGUGGAUGAAGAAAAAUCUUUGCGAGGAGCGACAAAGUUGGCUGUUCAUGUCUUGCGUAUAUGUCAAGCGAGUGUUGAUCUUCACCUUAAUGAUCAAAUAAAAUUAACGACUCUGGUUGGUCUUCUUUACCUGUUUGCUGGCAUGAAGGCAUACAACAACGUAUUUCUUCGUCAUCAUGUGUUCUGCAUAUUGCAAGUUGCUGCUGGAAGGUCCCCAACAUUAUAUGGUGUUCCAAAGGUUGUCACCCCCCCUCCGGUGGUCCAGGACAUAUGUAGUGAUCAGCAAACUAAAGCUGAUUCCUCGAUUCCUCAACCAUCAAAACCUCAAGAACCUUCCACUAGCACUCCUAGUGUCCGCGAGGUCGUACCUACCUCCGGACCCACUAAAGAUGCUGAUAAUCAAUCUAACUGCAGUGAAAGAAGGAAUGUCGUCAAAAUUAGGGUGAGACGUACUGCAUCUUCCAGUAAAGCAUCUGAUGCUGACCACAGAGAUCAUUCUCAUGGUGGAAGAAAUGAAAACGAAGCGGGUGCAUGUAGUUCUAUGUCAGUGGAUGCCCCCAUGGUUGGAGCAGCAAAUGAGCCAUUAAAUGUAAGCAAUCAUAACAUUGAGGAACAGAACUCGUGUCAUGACCUUGAAUCAAGGAUGUCUGCAAGCGUUAGCAAUGUUAAACUAAUGGACAGGCAUGAAAUUUCCAAGGAGCUACAGUGCACCGCUCAUUCAAGGCUAGAUGCUCUUCCCAAGGAUCAGUUCUCUCCUCUCACUAAUCCGCUGGAAGUUGUAGACAAGCCUGGUAGUCAGCUUGAAGGGGUCUCCACCAGCUGUGAUGGAAACCAAGCUCCAGAAUCUAUGAACGGACUGGAAUCAAAAGAGAGGAAAAAGAAGGACAAGAAAGAUAAAAAGCGAAAACGAGAUAAGAAAGAUGACCCCGAGUAUCUGGAGAAAAAGAGACUUAAGAAGGAGAAGAAAAGAAUGGAGAAAGAAUCAGCCAGAAAGCAGCAGGAAAGUGAAGGGGUUCCUUGUUCCGAACAGCAGAACAUAGUGAAAUCUUCAGGAUCGCAGGAAGUUUUGCCGGCGAGGCCACCAGCUCCAGUGCGAAGUUCUGAACCCCAAGUUUCAAGCAAGGAAACAACUAUAGAUACCGCACAGACAACAGUGAAGCCAAAGAUAAGAAUCAGAGUCAAGCCCUUGCAAAGAAAAGCUGAAGGAAGUUGAAAGUGAUUGUAGAUUGUGGCUGCGCCACCAUUUGUAAGGAUUACUGUACAGUGGAUCAAAAGUAAAUGAGUUGUAGCCUUGUAGGUUGUACCAUGAGUAGCCAGGUUUUUGGUGAAUGGUUGAUGUAUCCUGUAAAAAAGAAUUGCUACUGCCCUAGUAAUUUCUGGGGCAAUUGAAAUUAAGUUCUAGGGUUGU